AUGGCUUUCAAGGUUCUACAGUCAGCGCUGCAACAGGGUUCAGCGGCGAGGCUGGGUAGCCUUGCGUUGCCUAACCGUAAAGUCAUCGACACACCCAAUUUCAUCGCCAUCUCAUCAAGAGGAACCGUGCCUCAUGUCACGCCAGACAUUCUCUCAAAACACGCAACUUUUAGAGGUGCCUACAUGGCCCUCGAGGAUUCGUCGACGCUGCCUAUCGAUACGUAUGCCGCGCACAUCGAAGCACUCAGCCCCGACAUUGCCAUCGCGCCCGCCGAUCUCUUUCACACAAGUGUCCGCCCGCCCGCCAAGAAACUCGUGCGCAUGGCGGAUCGGACCGAGGAGUGGGUGGCCCGGUUCCUGAAGCCUAGCCGCAGGGAAAAGCUGCGCGAAUCCGGAACUGCAGUGUUUGCCCCCAUUCUAGGAGUGCCGCACCAUGUUCAGUGGCAGUACCUCAAGCAAUUGUCCGAGGACGACAUUGACGCACUGGUAGGCCUGGCGAUCUACGAUGUUGACCUGCUACCAGAGGUUCUCGAGCACUACAAGCCGUUGGUGCCCCUGGCGCGACUCUCGCUCCAUACUGUUACAUCGCCCCAGCAGAUCCUCGAGCAGAUCGCUGCCGGCGUCGACAUUUGCGCUGUGCCGUUCCUCAACACCACCUCUGACGCGGGCAUCGCGUUUGACUUUACGUUCCCGCCCCCGCAGGGUCCCCACGAACACCCACUUGCCCUGGGCACCAGCAUGUGGUCGCCCGAACACGUCACAUCGGUGACACCGCUUGCCCCAGGCUGUCAGUGCUACGCAUGCACGAAGCACCACCGGGCCUACAUCCACCAUCUCCUCAACGCAAACGAGAUGCUCGCAUGGACGCUGCUGCAGAUGCACAACCACCACGUGGUUGGUGAGUUCUUUGCUGGUAUUCGUGCCGCCUUCGCAGCAAGUCCCACGCGGUUCGAAGAGCUCUCAGAACAGUUCGUGGCAACGUAUGAGGCGGAAAUACCACUCGGGACUGGUUCGCGUCCCAGAGCUCGAGGGUAUCAUUUCAAGGGCAUCGCGAAUCAACCAAAGAUCAACGAGAGCAAGUGGGCCAACUUCAACGACGGCAACGCAGACGCAGAGGGCGCUGUGCGUCCCAGUGACGCGACGGACGAGUCUGCUCAAGCUGCAAGGAGCGCGACAGAGACCCCUGUGGUGCCAGAUGAGAGCUCCGUUGAGCUAGACAAGAAGGGCUUCGCAUCUAAAGAGGAGGGCGGUGCGCUGGUCAAAUAA